AUGACCGAGAACCGUCGGCAUUCCUUGUCAGACCAUGCGUUCGAGGCUGUCUACCACCCGAUACCCCAGGCACCCGUCGCGUCUGAGCCAUUCAGGCCUUCGCUGGAGCUCAGCUCGGAAGAGAGCGACGUCGAGUUGGACAGUGCCAAUCCCCCGGUAGAGGUUGAUGCUCGCAUACGCUGGAUACACUUCGUUCUGGGAUGUGCCGUGCUUUUACCAUGGAACGUCAUGAUCACAGCAACUCCAUACUUCAUGUCGAGGCUAGAAGGGUCGAGCUUGCAAAGCUCAUUCUCGUCGUAUCUCUCCACGACGUUCACGAUCGCCAAUUUUAGCUUACUCGCGCACGCGACCGCUACUUCUAAGCAGGCAUCGAAUUCUCGCCGUGUGCUUUUCUCCUUGACAUGGCUUGCACUUCUGACAGCUUUGCUUACCGCGAGCACCUGGUUCCACCCACCUCCCGGUGUCUUCUUCACCUUCGUGCUCCUCAUCGGAAUGCUGCAAGCGUCUGCAGGUUCGUAUCUGCAGACAGCUGUCGUUGCGGUCGCCUCUCUCUUUGGCCAUAGAGCCAUGCAAGCCGUCAUGUCCGGCCAGGCGGCAGUGGGCGUGAUCAUCAGCGGCGUGCAGGUGCUCAGUGCCGCCGCGUCUACACGCAUUGCACCGUCUCCGCAGGUGGAUGUAGUAGCGCUCUCAAGGACAGCAGAGGAGAACUCCGCCGCGCUCUUCUUCGGGCUGUCUACGGUUUUCCUCGUGCUCACUCAGUUCGCGCAAGCGUGGAUGACCAAACUCCCAGGAUACCGAACCUUGCUGGCUCGCUCGAGAUCUCGUGUGCGACCGCCUCCCGUGGACAGCGGCGAGAUUCCUGAUGAGACGCAUACCCUUACCGCGGGUGGCCGUAAGACCAUGAAUGGCAGAGUACAGAUGCUCCGGUUAGUUAGACUGAACUUGCCAUAUAACAUUGCUGUAGCCUACGUAUUCGUUAUAACAUUGUCCGUUUACCCUCCUAUUACCAUCUCAGUUAGAUCAAGCAAUCCGGGCACGCAUCAGCUACUAUUCAGCGCCAUCCAUUUCUUGGUGUACAACGUCGGCGACCUCCUUGGCCGCUUCCUUUGCUCCCUCCCGCGCCUUCUCGUCUGGUCCGCACGGCGUCUCCUCACGUUCGCGCUGGCACGCACGCUCUUCAUCCCGCUCUUCCUCAUUUGCAACAUUCAGUGGUCAUCUCCCGCCGCGAUCCGGCCCAUCAUCACCUCCGACGUGCUGUUCAUGCUGAUCCUACUGUUGUUCGGGCUGUCAAACGGGUACGUGUCGAGUAUGUGCAUGAUGGCCGCGCCGUCGGUGACGCACAACCCGCGAUUAAGAGGGCGCACGGAGGACGUGGAUGUUGCGGCGACGGUGGCGAGCUUUUGCUUGGUGGGUGGGCUGACGUUGGGCAGCUUUGCGAGUUUCGCGGUACGGGCGAUGGUAUGUGACUGCAAUCCAUUCGCAGCGUGA